CUUCCCUCCCUUGGUCUUUUUCUCUGGCUUUUUCCAGGCUUCAUGUCAUACCACGGCUAAUUCCUGAAAUUCUUGCCCUCCUCUCGCUUCAAUCAAGCAGCUUCAGGAAGGAGACGAGGCAGCAGAAAACAAACAAAGGAGAAAAAAAAAAAAAGAAAAAAGAAAAACCUCACAGAGUCACUUUUAAUUUUAAAAAUACUAUUACUCUGUCAAACCUGCCUGCCAGACUGUUAAUAGAGUCUCACCAGACUCAUCAUCACCAUCUUCAUCACACCUUUGGAUUUCAUACAGGCAGGCGUGCUCCCUGCAGAAGCCCCCUUCUCCUUCCACUGCUAUCAGCCACAAACCCCAGCCCUCCACCUCUCGCUUUGUGGUUUUCCUUCUGUUGCCCCACCACGUCUGCAGAGUGGGUGCCGGCUCCCUCCCCCAGGGGUGGGAGUGAGGAGCUGGGGGAUGGACUUGACAAACCCCUGGAGAAUGAUGCAGAGGGUGUGUGGAGCCCUGACAUUGAACAGAGCUUCCAGGAGGCCUUGGCCAUCUACCCACCCUGCGGCCGCAGGAAGAUCAUCCUCUCUGAUGAGGGCAAGAUGUACGGACGAAAUGAGCUGAUCGCGCGGUACAUCAAACUUCGUACGGGAAAGACGCGGACCAGGAAGCAGGUGUCCAGUCACAUCCAGGUUCUAGCCCGACGGAAGGCCAGGGAGAUCCAGGUGAAGCUGAAGGUACGCUACGAUCAGGCUGCCAAAGACAAGGCCCUUCAGAGUAUGGCCACCAUGUCUUCAGCACAGAUCAUCUCUCCCACAGCCUUCCAAAACAAGAUGGCUCUCCAGGGCCUUUCUAGACCAGCUUACCCCACUACUGGUGGGUUUUGGCAUGGUGCACUUCCAGGACAGCCGGGAGGUCAUGAAGACAUUAAGCCCUUCUCCCAGCAGAGUUAUGCCAUGCAAACGUCCGGCCCGACCCCCAUAACAGGUUAUGAAAGCACAGCAGGGCUGUCCAUGUCUCCUGGUGCCCCCCCUUGGCAGGGCAGAAGUAUUGCCAGCUCCAAGCUACGAAUGCUAGAGUUCUCUGCCUUUCUAGAGCAACCUCAGGACCCAGAGACAUUCAACAAGCAUCUGUUUGUACAUAUCGGCCAGUCCAACCCGAGCUACAGUGACCCCUAUCUGGAGUCUGUGGACAUCAGGCAGAUCUAUGACAAGUUCCCAGAAAAGAAAGGGGGCCUGAAAGAGCUGUUUCACAAAGGGCCACACAACGCUUUCUUUCUCGUCAAGUUCUGGGCGGACCUCAGCAUAAACCUGCAGGAUGACAGCAGCUUCUUUUACGGUGUGUCCAGUCAGUAUGAGAGCUCUGAGAACAUGGUUAUCACCUCAUCCACCAAAGUCUGCUCCUUUGGCAAACAAGUGGUAGAAAAAGUGGAGACGGAGUAUGCACGCUUUGAGAAUGGGCGCUAUGUGUUUCGGAUUCACCGAUCCCCCUUAUGUGAAUACAUGAUCAAUUUUAUCCACAAGCUGAAACACCUUCCUGAGAAAUACAUGAUGAACAGUGUACUGGAGAACUUCACUAUCCUACAGGUGGUGGCAAACAGAGACACACUGGAGACCCUGCUGUGCAUAGCUUAUGUCUUUGAGGUGUCCACUAGCGAGCACGGUGCGCAGCAUCAUAUUUACAGGCUAGUCAAGGACUGACAUAGUCGCACAGUUGGAACUUACCAGCUCUAUACCCUUUGUAGCACAUCAGUGAGCAACAACACCCAACAAACAGACUACUGCCACCAUGAGCUUAAAGCUGAAUUCUGUCAGGUCGGUCAGGAGCCCAGAGAAACACUGGCUGCAUCGGCGUGUGCAGGAACUCUACUACUGCUGAGGAAGAGGAGGUGGAUUUGGGACUGUGGAAGCUAAAACAGGCUGUGUGAGAAAAGUGGCAAGAAGAAAGAAAAGAGAUGGACCAUAAAACACUGUGGUCUCUAUACCAAAGGAGUCAAACAUGGCCAACAAAAGUUGCAUGAAAGUUGUCAUUGGUGGUGUUCUUCAUCUCAUUUUACUAGAGCUUGAUUUUAAUUUAGAUUAUUUUACACACAUGCAUGUGCAGGGGGUGUUUGCGACGGAAGAAUUUAGUUGCCCCACGGUGCCAUCUAGUGACUUAAAAAAAGAUAACAAUGGGGAAAAAAUGCAGGUUGUGGUUUUGCACAUCUAUUGAAGAUCACUUUUGGAGCCACUGUUUGUUUUUUGUUUUUUUUGUUUUUUUGUUUUUUUUUGGCAUUUUGAGUAAUUAUGUACAGUGUCACAUCCAUCUCCUCUUAACAGAGUUAUGAUAAGUGGCUAAAAUGAUUUAAAAGAGCUGUAUUCAUUUUGAUGUUUAUUGUUGAAUGUUUCCUGUAUUGUCUUAUUGUCUCUGAUUGACAUCUAUCUGACUACAACAUAAGGCACAUAAAUAACACUGCUAACUUGAACCAGACUGGGAUCUUUAAACUGAUUACAGAAGUUGUCUGUAUAUGUAACUUGCCCUGAAGUGUCAGAUGAAAAUACAUGAGUUUCUUACAUAAAUUCUUGUUGAGUUUUGUAAAGGGUGCAGACCCAAUGACAUAUCCUCAGAUGUGCAUCCAGUGUAAAUCUAGCAUAAAAAAUAAGGAAAUCUUCUGUUUGGUUUUAAAUAUUUCCCUCCUUUAAUAAUACCAAUUUGUGUUUUAAUAUUAAAUCAUUGUUCUAAACCCUAAUUAUUUACUUUACCAUUAAGGUAUAACUUGUAAGGCUUGUGUUAGAUGUGAGCAACACAAGUAAACAUGAGGGUAGUGCCCCCCAAAAGCUGUGCCAAAAUCCUUUGCAAUAUUUUCCAGUUGGUGUUCGCUCUUGUAUUGGGUUUAAGUACUGCCAGGUAUGUGCCAGUCACAGAUGAAUAACUGGCAGUGAAUUGAUAGACAGACAUGAAUGAAAUUCUGGAGCCAGUGGCAAUCCCAUAUCUCCAGAAUCUGGGACCUAACUCCAUCCUGCAGGAUGACAGCACUCCCUCACAGAUCAUUGUUACCUCAGGAUUUUGGGAGCGGAGAGGAUGAAUUGAUCUGCUGUGAGUCCACAUCUCAACCCCAUUGAACACUUGUGGAAUCAGCUGUUUGUGCUAAAGUGACCGACACAACCAGGCUGGCUGACCUUCAACAACCUCUGGUUGAGGAAUGGGAUACUAUCCCACAGCAAAAUGUGACCAGGCUGAUGACCAGCAUGAGGAGGAGGUGCCAAGGUGUUGUAGCUCCAUCUUAGAUGGAUCUUCCACAUGCUACUGAGGUCCCUAUCAGUGUAAAAUAAUUAAAGUAUAAAAAUGGCAACUGUACGCUGUUUUUUCCCUUCUUAUUACUGUGGGAGAGUGCAAUCAUUUUAUCCAGCAAGCAACUCAAAACAGAAGUGAGUAGCAGCAGGAAAAUACUGCAAGGGAUCUUGACAAAUUUUUGAUGUGCACAACACACAUGUGUGUUGCUCAUUCCUCAGAAGCAUGAUAUUUAUAUGUUAUUGUUCCUCAUAAAGAUAAUUAGAUUAAUCAGGCUUUCCAACUAUGUAUAAUAGAACACUGAUUCUUACUGAGAUUGCUUAAAUAAGAGUAAGCCAUAUCAUUCAGUAAAUGUUUAAACCUUUAUGUUUUAUAAUACAGUCUGCAUUUGCAAAUGCAAAUUGGGACAUGCCAAUAAAAAUGUUUAUCUGAUAUUAAAUCAUAAUUAUGGCAUUAGUUUAAGCUGUUUGGCAUAUGUUUUAUUAAAAUACUCAGAUUUAGUUAUACUGUACAUAUUACAUUGAUAUAAAGUGUUGCUGAUGAGCAUCCUAUUUACUCACAAUGUCGUGGACAAAGGAAGUCUAAGGGCUGGCUGAAAAAAAGGAAAGUAUUGUAAAAGGUGUUUUUAAAAAUUUCUUUCAUUAAAACAAAUCCAAAACAAACAAACAGAAUGCAAAUAGGUUAAAAAUGUUUAAUCCAGCUAAAGAAGCCAAUCCAAACUGCUUGUUGCAUGUAAUAAUAAGCAGAUAUCCUCUCAUAUUAGAGGCCAACAAGUGUCCCAAUUAAUGUUUUUCUGUCAGUUUGCUCUUAUAUAAGUAAUCAGUUAAGCUAGUGUUAUGUUUGUUGUGAUAUCAGGCUUGCUCUUUUAGGGCUGAUCACAGGUGUCAUUGAAAGUCAGUUUUAUCUAUAUCAAUUUUUGCAUUUAAUAUCUGAUUCAUUCAUUUAUUGAAUUCAGCAACACUGAUGAGACACAUCUAUCUUUCAACGAAAGUGACUAUUGCCAUCUCAUGGUGUACAGGCAUCAUUACACUUUUAUUUAAAGGCCUAGUCCCCUUCCCUUUGCUCUUUACACUUGGCUCCAGAGCUACUCAGUUGGGUCAUAGGGCCGCAGUCCUGCAGCUUUUCAUUGUAUCCCUUCUCCAACAUACCAGACUCAAAUGAAUGGAAACAACAGCCUACGGAGCUCUGCAGAAUGACUCAUUAAUUUGAGCAAGGUGUGUUGGAGCAGGGAAACAUUGAAAACCUGCAGGACGACGGCCCUUGUAUGCCUCUUUUCGUAUGGAGUUCAAGAAGCAGUGGCCAUGAAACCAUUAAAGUGUCCUCUGAGACAGAUGGCCGUCACCUCUUGUGCGAGUAAAAGAAAACAGAUCUUUAAUGUCUAUUAAACGAAGACUUGAGGCCAAAUAAGACAAAUUUCAAAUGGAUUCAUUUUUAACGUUGUGAAACAUUGGCUGUAGAUUGUUUGCUUUAAUAUGCAGGUCGACUAUUUGGAUUUAAAAACUUCCAUUAAAACUGCACUG